AUGACAGACAGACCUUGCAGCCAAUUGUUUAAACUUUUUGUGGAUAAUCCAAAUAAAUCUGUUGCUUCUGGUCUUCAAUUUACGGCUACUGUGGAAUAUCAUCCUGACUACGAGGAAGAUCUUUUAGAUCGACUUUUGCUGCUGGUGGAAGAAGAUGUCAUUGAUAUCCCUUUAAUAGGAUUAAUUCCACGCUGUUUUCUGGAAAUUGAGCCGAAGAUUAAUUUUGGCACAGUGAUUGCAAACAGUAAAAUAAUUAGUAAAGAGAUUAGUAUUACUAACCAUGGAUCAUCUUCAGGUACAUUUAAAAUAAUGUACACUGGAAGCGCCCCUCUUAACAUUCUACCUACCAGUGGAGUGGUGGAACCCAAAGCAGUGCAGUUGGUUAAAGUGGAUAUCUGCACAGACAUACCCAGAAUCAUCAGAGAAGAGGCAAUAGUGGAAUUACAGGAUCAUGGUAGCACAAAGUUAAGGAUUGAAGCUACUGUGGUUGAACAAAUUCUUGAACUAUUAAGUGCAUCUCAUGGAAAUAUUUUGGAAUGUAUUAAUUUUGGAUCUGUCUAUUUUGGAUCUUCCAAGACUGAAGAAGUAGUUCUAUGCAAUAAAAGCCCAGAGACCAUAAACUGGGUUGCAGUGCUGGAAGAUGAUGCUGUUGGAGGAGAGAUGGGCACCGAUAUUCAGAAAAGUACAGAUGCUGUUUUACAAGACAUAAACUUCUUAGAUAGAACAAGAGAACUAGAUGUUUGCAGUUUAAUCUCCUGCAUUCCCAAUCAAGGAACCUUGCAGCCUUAUCAAAAAACUGUGAUUACGCUGUAUUUUAGUCCAAAGCAGUUUAAGAGAGACACUGGACUGGCAGAAUCUCCAUCAAGACAGGAUUAUGCGCUAUUUUUGAGAUUUGAGACCGUAGGAAGUACAGAUGGCUUUCUGCGGUCACUGAGUGGUGAAGAUAUGUCAAUCAGAAAAAGGAAUCUUUCUCAUUGUGUGGAAUUAGCUUUGACUGGCUCAGGACUUCCUGUCAUAUUAACUUUCAGUCCAGGACUAGUUAUUAAUUUUAUGGACUGUUUCAUGGGUGAAAACACACAGAUUCUGUGCACGCUCAAAAAUGCAUCAGAGUCACUUCCAGUAACAUACAGUUUCCGUAAAAUUGCUCACUUCAGGAUUUGCCCUCGGAAAGGAAAAAUAAAAGAAAAAUGUGACAAGGAUGUGAUGUUUUCAUUUUCUCCAACUCAAGUAGGAACCUUUAAAGUGAAGCAAGUUGUAGAUAUUAUUGGCUUAGUAAUGCAGCAAGAUAAUUUACAGACUUUGAAGAAAACAUCCUUUCAUCAGAUAAACUUAAACUUUACUGGUGUUUGCAAAUCUAAAGCAAAGAAAAUUGUGUUCAGAAUCAACUCUGGUAUAACACCAAUGAUUUCUAAUGCAACUGGAUAUUUCAUAGCUGAUGAAAUGGGACAGUACAGUGAUCCUGCACCAGUGGCAAUGCUUAAGUCAGCUCAAACACAAAUUCAUACGCACACAAUAAAUAGGAACUGUAAGAGUGAUGCACUUAUAGCCUUUCCUAAUGACCGCGCAGCCAGCAUUAGGCCUAGUGAAAGACAUAAAAAAUACAGGACUAUUUUUACGAAAACUGAGAGAUACCAUUAUGUUGAUCCAGAUUUUGCAUAUACUGACUAUGAAGAACUAGAAAAGCAAGCACAUAAAGAAUACUAUACAGAUUUUAUUCAAAGUUUGAGACAGCAUCGCUUACAGAAAGAAGUUUACAGACAGUACAACAUUCUUAACAAUCCUAUAAACAUAGGACUAAAACCUGGAGCAGGGCUCAGGUCACCAAAGAUCUCAAUGACAGAUUUACUGAAGGAGAUAUUGAAGCCAGAAACUUCUCCCUUAAAUGAGGACAGCCUGCUAACUAGUCGAAAGCUGUCAGCAAUUGAAUCUAAAUCCUCACCCACAGAAGUAUGUGAUGGGCUUAAUGCAGUGCCAGCUUCUCCACAAGAGAAGGAAGAUUGUAAUUUAACUUUGACACCAAAGCAACUUCACCAGAUACUUGUUGGUCCCUCUGCUAUAGACUUUGGUGAAGUUUGUGUGUAUUCUACAUCUAUCAAAAAAAUACAUAUAAUCAAUAAUCUGCCUGUGCAUAUCUGGAUACAAGUUGAAAUUGCAAGUGAAGAGCUGCAGCAGACUAGUCCAUUGUCACACGUGGUGCCACCUCUUUCAAAAACAUAUAUUCCAGUUGUGUAUGAGCCAAGCACCCUGGGAAAUUUUCAAAAAUCUGUCAGUUACACUAUAAACAACAAACAUAUGGGGCAUGUACUGGUAACUGCAAAAUCAGUUCCUGUUGCUCUUGAGUUAUCUGUAAAAGAGCUGAUUCUAAAUCCUACCCCUGGCUUCCUAGCAGAAACAGGUUUUAGAGCUACCAUUAGAUUAUAUAAUCGCAGAAAUUAUUUUGCUGACUUUACUUGGACUCCUGUAAUCACAGAGAAAGGAACAGCAUUUGCUAUACGGCCAGCCAAAGGCAUUGUAGAAGCAUACAAAGAUCUGGAGUGUGAAGUGGUUUGGCAUCCAGGCUUCUGUUCUCCAGAAACAGGAGAAUUCAACUUACAUGUGCAUCAGGGAAACACACUUAAGCUGAAAUGCCUUGCAAAGCUAGGUCCCACUAGUGUUCAGUUCAUGGAACAAAGGAUAUCUUUUCAUCACGCUCCUUUAGGUUUAACUACUUGCAAGACAGCCAUUAUUCAGAACACAGGAUAUAAUCAUGCAUACUUCCAGGUUCUUGAUUCAAACCCUGUACCUGGAAUGACUAUCGUGCCAUCUCAGGGCAUAAUACCUGUGGGAGGCUGUUCUGAUCUCAAGAUCUACUUCACCCCCAAUGCAGUAAUGAAGUUUGAUACCAGAGUAGAGGUAGCAGUUCGCCACACAAAAGCAUUAGAACUUAGGAUUGGUGGAUCUGUAGAGACUCCUGAAGUAGGCAUCAACAUAGAAUCCUUCAACUUUGAUGGCGUUUAUGUUGGUUCUACCCACACCAUUCCUUUUUUGCUGCAGAACAAAGGAGUAGCAUGUGCCAGGGUAGAAUUUGAUUUAUCCAAGUAUAAAGACUUUAAGUUGAACUUUAACGACCAAUCAGUUGUUGACCGUUAUCCUCAGAAACCUUAUUCAUAUUCUGUGGAGUUAAAAGGAAAGUCAACUUUACAAUGCUCAAUAUCCUUCACACCAAAAGAAGUGGCAGCAUAUGACUUUAGUCUUCCAAUAAGCAUUAAUUGUAAUGAGGUUCCACCUUCACAACAAAGCUCUGAACCUACAACUCCUUCUGGAUCUGUAAAACACAUCAUUGUUCCUCGUCCCCAAAUGGUGACUGUGGCUGUUCCUUUAUGUACAGUUCAAGCAACUGUACUUAAGCCACCAUUGCAAUUCUCCACUGCAGAGCUUAUAUUUUCACUUCAUUCAAGAAAUAUAAAUUUAGAUAUUGUUGAUGAAAGUCAGAGUACUCAGAAGCUUGGCCUAAAGAAUACCUCAAGGCAACAGCUGACAUGGAAAUUAGAUCUUGAGAGUGCAGGCAAAGCUGUUGAGGAUGGUGUUUUUAAAUUUAGUCUAUGCACUGGCGUUCUUGUUCCAAGACAGAAAACUAGUGUCACUGUAAGCUUCUGCCCUUCUUUUCCUGGGAUAUAUACAGCUGAAGUGGCAGUAUUUCUGAAUGAUAGCCUAUCUCAAUACAAGCUCUCUCUCUCUGGUACUGUCAAGUCACCCAAGAUAAGCUUUGACCCUCCACUUUUGAUACUGAUGCCUGUUCCUCUGGAUAUGAAAACAGGGACAGAUGUGAAUAUUAUUCCACUAGACUACCCAAGGCAAUCAGCACUGCGAGUUGAAAUUCCAGAACUUGAACCUGAAGGUGGUAAUGGGAUUAAUCCCCUUUCUGUGGAGUUCCCACAAGGCCAAGUUAUUGCUGUCUCUUCAGAUGGCUCAAAUGUAGGACUCACUUGUCAUAUCAGCUUCAGGUCAUCUAAGCCACUGUCGUUUUUGGGGAAUAUAUUCUUCAUUGAUGAAGAUGAAAACAGGUUCUCACUUCAAGUUGCUGCAACAGCAGAGAACUGUCUACUUACUGCAUACCCGUACUUGGCAUUUCACCGCACGGACCAACAAAUUAUCCUGAGAAGUGACCACAAUGGGAUAACACACAACAGUGCAGAAACUAUUUUGCAUCCCUGUUAUGAUCCAGGAUCAGUUUCCCACAGUACCUCCUCCAGUUCCUUUGGCGCAAUUACUAGCUCAACCUAUGAAGAUUCCCCUUCAGAAUUGGAAAAUGCAUUUGAAAAUGGAAGGGAGAAGAAUGAUGAAGAUGCCAGCCAAAGAAAGGGGAGAGAGAAUACAUUUGAACAAUCUCUUUUUCCUGAUGAGGAUAGAGUGGAAUCUGUCUUCUUUCAGAAAGUCCUAACUGCUGUUCAGAACUGGUUUACUCUCUUCGGCUGGUCUAAGGGGCCGAAUCCUAUUUCUAUUCCCUGUUCACUAAGACGUGAUAUAUGUAAAGUUCAGAUGACCUCAUCCCAAGAAAAGGGUUUUAAACAAAAUCUUGGCAAAGACACUAAGACUAUUUAUGACAUGCUUCUCCAUCUGAGUGGACAGCUAUUACCAGGAAUUACUACAAGUCAGUCAUUACCCUCUGAUCCUCUUGAGCGAGUGGUACAGCUCCACUGGCAGCAUUCUACAAUGCUCACUUUCCUCAAAAGCCAAGGAGCAUGCCUUCCACAUGUAAUGCCUGAAUUUCUACUUGAACUUGAUGAUUAUAAGAACUGGAUCCGACUGCAAAUUGCAUUGAAGGUUCAGAGGACUGAGUUGCAAAAAACUAAUGUAAAAAGCUCUGACCCACCCAAUGAUAAGCAUCUACUUGUUUUGGAUGACAGAGUUUUUGAGACCAUGAGCAAACGUGUAUGGAUGGAUGUACUACUCCAGGUAUACAAGGUGUUGGUCCUUCCACGUGUUUCACCACUUAAUAUCAGUAAUUUAUCUGGCUCAGAAACCAUGCCAAGCAUGCCAAGAAUAAAUACUGAACCUUCAUCCAGUAAUAUAUAUUCUUCAUAUGAAAGAAUCCUCCUUACAUGGCUGAAUAAACAUUAUGAAAAGAACCGAAAAAUUGUGUGGAAAAACUGUCAAAAAGGUGAAGUACCACCAGUGAGAUGGAUAGUGAAUUUUGACAGAGAUCUCUUAGAUGGUUUGGUAUUGGCAGCACAAGUGGCAGCUUAUUGUCCAUAUUUGAUUUCAACUCAUUUUGUUAAUAUGUAUACUCAUCCAGAAACUCCUGAACAGUGUCUGCACAAUUGCUUGAUACUCGUGAGUGCUUUUCGUGUUGUGAGCCUUGACAUAGAUAUACAGGCCACUGACAUCUGUGAUCCAAAUCCAAUCAUGAUGCUUAUGCUCUGUGUCUAUUUGUAUGAAAUACUACCUCAAUAUUUACCCAAGAGGACUAUUGAGUUUACUGGUACACUCCAUGCUACUCUUGUUAAACAGGUGCGUCUGAAAAAUCCGAGUUUUAAACCUUUGAUAUACAGUGCUACAAUUGUAGGAAGAGAGUGUGCUGAUUUCUCUUUACCUAAGGGAAACACUGUUGUCAUUGCCCCAAAGAGCCAAAUAAGUAUAAACAUUGAAUUCACUAGUCGCUUUCUACAUGCUGCUGAAGCAAUGCUGUUGCUAGUUUCGAAGACUGUAAGUGAAAUAGGAGGAGCAACAAUAACUUUCUCUUUGAAGUCGAAAGUGAACCAUAUUGAACCUGCUGGUGUAUUCAAAUGCAAAUCCCCAUGUUAUGAGCUGAAGAAAGUCAGCCUGACUAUUACUAAUCCCUUCAGAACUAAUGGCAUAUUCAGGGUCAUAUUAGUGGAAUCCACAAGCUACUUAAGUGUGCCUGAGCAAUUGUAUCAAGCUAGCCAAGUAAUGCAAAGUGAAACUCCCAGUUUUGAAAGUACUAUACCAAAUAAUAAAAGUGAUGUGGUAAAUGAAGAUGCACUGAAAAAUCAAGAGAACAACUUAUGCUGCUCUAAUCGAUCCAAUGGCCUACAAGAGUUCUUCAGUCUGGCAUGCACGUUGGUCUUGGAAGGGAGAAGUUCUGCAGUUCUGGAUGUUUACUUUCUACCAUUUAAUUUGGGAAAGCGUUAUUGCACCAUCAUUCUGAUCAAUGAACUGAUUGGAGAAUUUGUGUACCUGGUGGAGGGAACAGGUGGCGUACCUUUGCCUUCAGGCUUGCUUCCAAUGGAUAGUCCAAAUGUUCUGUGCAAUAGCAGUACCUCAGAAGGUGGAGUAAAUGAAGGUCACAGUGGGGUCCAGCCAGUUCUGUGCUUGAAAUGUGGUCUCACUGACAUUCUUGAGGAAAAGCUGAAGAUCCCGUUGAUUAAUGAAGCUAGAGAGAGGGCUCUGGCCAUUGCAGCACAGCAGCAGAUGUCAGCUCUUGAGUACGAGCGCAGAAAGGUCACUGGGACACUGGAGAGCAGCAGUGUUCGAGUUGCUGUAGUAGCCUUAGGGCUGUCCAAAAUUGAGAGAGAUGCACUGAAUAGGCCUCUUGCAUACUCCCAAAAAUUAAAAUCUGUGGACUACAGUAUAGAAGUGAACAUGCCAGAAUACUUUGAAAUCCCUGCAAAACUCUCUAUUCCAGUGCUGGCCACAAGCAGAGUUAAUUUUAAAGUCUCUUCAAAGGAAGACUAUGAAACUGUGAAUAUGGCAGGUAAUGAGAAUCUUAAUAUUCAUCUAGAGUUGAAACUUGUCCUCUUUGUCCUUUGA